AUGCCGACGCCGUCUUCAACUGUCCCAACCACAGGUACGGAGUCUAGGUCACCAAGCCCGGACGCAGAGGAACUGGUCUUCUUGACACUGCACGAGCACAACUCUCGAGAGGAGAAGACUGACCCCUCGGUUCGGCGACUGCCUUCUGGCAUGCAUAUGUAUGGAGCGGUCAACAGGACAUUUGACCUCACUUCAUCGCUUCUGGGUCGGGACAAGCGGUAUGGAAGCACCAUUGCUGCCCUGCGAGAUGAGAAACCCAAGUCGCUUGAUUCAAUUCUUCCGCAUGAUGUAUUAGAGCUUCUAGAUCACCAUCUACUGUGGCACAAACUCUACAUGCCUUGGUUGCCGUCUCUAAGGACAUUGUGGGACGAAAUCGCUGCCGCCCGCCCCAGCAGCACCAGUCACCUCUCCGCAAGCACAUUAUUAGCUCUACUGGCCACAAUUGCAUUGGACGUUCCAAGUGAACGACUUGCGCAGUAUCGCAAUCUCCGGCUCGACUUGCAAUGUAUUGUCUAUCACUUGGGACAGAAGCUGCUGUUCAUGCUGCCGAGAGACGAGUACACUCUCAUCGUCCUGGAGCUUGUCAUGAACCACCGGCCUUUAGCACUCGUUGACAGCCAGGAAGCUGCCGCCCACACGCUGUCUGGAAACCUUUUCGGCACGCUCAUCAGCGCCAUGCAACAGCGGCUCGGUUUCGACGCAGCGCCAAAGAAGCUUCGGGGUUGCCUUGCAUCCGGACAGCCCGCCAAUGUGGAAGUUUUAGUGCUCAACACCCUUCGGUGGUGCGCAUCGACAAUGCGACGCAUGAGCCAGGAUCUCCAGGAGUUGGAAACGAACCGCUCAGAGUUAUAUGAGCCAGAAGUCGCUCUACAGGCGGCGUUCGAGAUCACAGCAGAAGCCAUCGACAGAUUCUCGCUGGACAAGUGCUUUUUCCUCUUUCAUGUGCUGCGAUACCAUGCCGAUGAUCUGAUCGCGACGCGUGGAGUGAUUAUCGACUGGCAAGACACGGCCAAGCUGUCUGAACACAUCGAAACGCACGUUGAGCUUCGCAACCAGCGAAGGAAGGACUACGAUCUUGGCUUAACGCAAUUCUUCUUCAACGACGGGAGGACACAUGAGGGCUUGGCUCUAUCGCAGCUCAUCACGAUAGAGCAGGGCCAAGGUUAUUCCAACGUCAUUGGCCUCGCAAUGUUCUUCGCAGUCAUGAGAGGCUUCCAGGCACCGAGUACUCUUAACACGGGAGUUGGGAACGACACAAUGGCUCAGCUCAGCAUGUACUGGACUCAAAGGGUCAACCACGAGGCCGCAAAAGUGUCGUUGAACGAGCAAACCGAGGCUGGUGCCUUUCUCCAGAGAUACGGCGACAUGCAUAUGGAUGCAUUGGAAAAGCGACUGACGGACUUCAUCAAUGCUGCGACGGAAGUAUCGCUGCAAGGCGUACCCUUCGUUGGUCCUCCGCGGCACACCAGCACCAACGUCCUCAUGGCUUGUAAGGAGAUCUUGGAGAACAACGCCGUACGAAUCAAGAUCGAUAACGUACUGCACCCCCGUGUCGACAUGCAGCUGAUUCUUCUCGAGAAUGCCGCACGGCAGCUGGAACGUAUGGAGGCAGAUGGCGGCAGUCCCGAAGCCGUGGCCUGUGGCAGCGUCUUUACGGCCUGCGCAAAGGUGAUAAGGAAUCUUCACCGCGUCAUGCGUUCCUGGAAAAGACAGUACAGAAUCCAGGUCCCGCAACCACACUGCGAUCACAAGAAACCUUACCAACACAAGCAACUGCCGGAGGCGCAGCCUGGAAUCUCUGCUGCUAGCAACCCCUGGCCGACCUUCGGCUUCGCUCUUGACGACUUUUCUACGGACGGUCUGUUCACGGAUUGGGACAGCUGGCCUCAGCUGGACUCGGAUAUGUUUGCUUUCGACUUCGACACAAGGCACCAGUGA